CGGUUCAUUCAAAACUGUUCGUUUCGUUAAAGUCACGAGACUCAACCAUUGGCUUUUGCCGACGUUUCGUUUCUACAUAGGAAUACUUCAUAAGUCGUUAUUGAGCCCACAACAUAAUUUUCUUGUACCGCAGUCUGUUUUGUCCUUGAAUCCCUUAAACGUGUGCAGCUAUGUGUGACGAGUCUAGCUACAUUAGUAAGCCUAUUUCCACUAUACAGGAAUUGGUACACUGGAACUUUCCGUCUACAUCGAAUCUUACAAUACCUUUAAGCUAUUUCAGUGACUUUUUAAAUGACUUCGGCUUUAUUCGUAAGUCCUCUGGAUUACCUAAAGUUAUAUACUGUCAUGAUAUGGCUGGCGGUUAUCUGUCCUCUGAUCGAACAGUCAACUUCACUUGUGUUUUUCCUGCUUUUCGAUUCGUUCAUUGGCACUUGGUUGACAUAUUUAUUUACUUCAGUCAUCAGUUCAUAACUAUACCGCCAGUGUCAUGGAUUAAUCUAGCACAUAGACAGGGUGUCAGUGUCUAUGGUACUGUAAUUAUGGAAUCAGUGGAGUGUGAUGGAUUCAAAUUCAUUUUUAUGGGUUCCUCAGAACAUUAUCGUGAUGUCAAUAAAAUAUUAAACUAUCAGGAUUUUGCCAUACGUUUGGAUCAAAUAAGACGAGUUGUUGGGUUUGAGGGUUGGUUUAUUAACUUUGAAAUUUCUCUACCCUGGGAAAAAAUUGCUACAAUUCGUGAUCGAAUAAAGAAAUUCCUACGAAUGCUUAGAAACCUCGGUUCUGAAGUUAUCUGGUAUGAUGCACUAACUUGGUCUGGCCACUUAAGCUUUCAAAAUGAAUUGACCGAAGAAAAUUUGCCGUAUAUGAAAGCGUCCGGAAGUGGUUUAUUUCUCAAUUAUAAUUGGAAUCCAGUUAAGUUACGACGAUCACAAGAGGUUGCUGUUAAUUCUUCAAUGUCAACAAAGGUGUUUGUCGGUAUUGAUUGUUUUGGUCGUGGUUGUAUUGGAGGCGGUGGUUUCGGUACAGUCGAAGCACUGAAAGUUGUUUUAGAUAUUAACAUAUUUCCAACUUGCCGUGAACUAAACAAAUCAUUGACUGAUAAUGACAUGGCGAAAUUUAGUUUUUCCGCUGUCCAAAUCUUGGAAACAGGUUACGAAAAAUUCACAGGGACGUGUUUAUGUAUACGUUUCGAACAAUCCGAGACACUAGUUGAUUUUGAGCAACAAAAAUCAAGUGAUUCAUUAAUGGAGUUAUUUCUUUUUGGUCGUAAUUCAUUUAUAUCUGAUAAAGCACGAUUCAAACUAGCCAUUACUCCAUACAAUUUAAAUAAGGAGACAUCUUUGCCAUCUGAACAACGUUUGGACCAUAAAAUCGGUUUAAAACUGUUUGUGGAUACAUUUCAUUCCCCGGAUAAAAAUGAUGGUGAAGUUAAUUUUAAACGCACAUUUCUGAUAGCUGAUGAGGAAAGAAUUGAAUUGAAAAACAAUAUACCUUGGUCUGUACUUCAUUACAACGUAACUGAUCUUAUUUAUGAUCUCAAUAAAAAUAUUUCCGAGUCAGAAAGAUUUUCAAAUACAAUAUCUUCAUCACAUUGUAUCCAUCUACAUCGUAUCGGUUUAACUUGGAGUUGGAAUUCGAUUUUACAUAAUUAUGAUAAAUUUAUCAUGAAGUUCAAUGGUUUUCUUAUAGGUUUAAUUGAACUACGUGAUCCUCAAUGGCCAUUGGAAAAUUAUUUUGAAUAAUAAAUAUGAUUCAUGUGUUUUCUUCACACAUCUUUCUUAUUCUAUUUCAUAAUUUUGCAUGAUUUUCGUAUUGUUUUAUUUUUCUUUCAAAAUUUCAUGUUACUGUGAUCAACAUAAUUGUCGUUAUUGAUAAUAUGACUACUAUGACUUUCAGAUUUUUAUACUUAAUACCUUAUUAUUAUUUGUAUUAUUUAUUUAUAGUUUCCCUACGUAAACAAUAAAAUUAUCAACUUCUAGGAUCUUAGCUUAUUUGUCUUUAGUUUGUUUGUAUGAAGAUGUCAACCUUGCAAUGAUUUCUCUGUAAAUGGUAUGUAUGUUCAUGAGUCAUGUUUUCAAAUGUUCGUAAUGAUCCAUUCUCUUCUAGAUGUUGUACGAACUAAUUUUUAUUAAAUUGUUAUCUUAAACAGAACAAGAACGAAGAUUAAUGCAGAAUAAUAUGAAUUCAUUUUAUUUCAUUAGGUUCUCAUUAGCUGCUUACAACCUAAAAUAUUUGAAAAUAAUCGUUAUUACAGUUAUUGACAUAAUUAUACAUACGAGGGUGA